AUGAGGGUCCACGACGACGCGGAUCCCAAGAUUCCCAAGUACAACGCGAUGGGGAAGUCGUCCAAGUUGUCCAUGAAGCGGCCCAGCACCGUCGUGUUCCGCGAAAAUUCCGCCAAGGUGCAGAAAACGAGCGAGGACAGCAGAGUCGGGAACGCGACGAACAGCGAUCGAACGAACAUCGGCUGGCGGAGAAAAUCAUUGCCCGUUUAUAUCCUCCGUAAACGGCUAUUAGACGAGAUACGCCGACACAGUACUCUCAUCAUAAUAGGCGAGACCGGCAGCGGUAAAACCACGCAGAUCCCACAACUGUUGCUCCACGCCGGAAUCGCCGGGUCGUCCGGCUGCAUCGGCAUCACGCAACCGCGUAGGAUAGCGGCGGUCAGCGUAGCGCGCCGGGUCGCCCAGGAACAAGGGGCGAAACCAGGAAAAUUGGUGGGCUACUGCGUCCGUUUCGAGGAUUGCACCUCGUCGCAGACAAGGAUCAAAUAUCUGACGGAUGGCAUGAUGGUGCGAGAAGCGAUGACUGACGAGAUCCUGUCGGAUUACUCGGUGGUGAUACUCGACGAAGCUCACGAGCGAUCCGUGCAGACCGACGUUCUGUUCGGGGUGACGAGACGAGCGCAGAAUUUGCGAAAGUUGAAGAAUCUGCCGCCCUUGAAACUUUUGAUUAUGUCAGCCACGAUGGACCCCACUAAGUUCAAGGAGUAUUUCCAGGCACCAGCACUGUACUUGGAGGGCCGUCAGCAUCCCUUGAGGAUUUUUCACGCGGUGUCCUCGCAACAGGAUUAUGCAUUCGCCGCACUAGCUACGGCGUUUCAAAUUCACCGCGAGACUCCCCCAAAUGAGGAUAUUCUCAUCUUUUUGACCGGCCAAGAAGAAAUUGAGGCGGCUGCAGUGGCUGCCCGAAAUAUAGCUAAACAACUAGAUGAAGAAGAAUAUCCGCCUCUGAAAGUCUUUCCCUUAUACGCGACACUGCCCACUCACCAACAGUUAGAGGCCUUCAAACCUUCGGCACCGGGAAUGCGGAAAUUAAUACUAUCGACAAACGUCGCCGAGACGUCCGUCACGAUUGGCGGAAUUCGUCACGUGAUCGAUACCGGUGUCGUCAAAGCAAGGACACAUCAUCCAACGACGGGGUUGGACGUAUUAAGGGUCGAGAAAGUCUCACAGGCACAGGCUUGGCAAAGGGCGGGUAGGGCCGCUCGCGAAGCACCGGGUAAAUGUUAUAGAGUUUACACACGAGAGGAAUUCGAGAAGAUGAAGGACAUGCCGAUACCAGAAAUUCAAAGGUGCUCUCUCGCGGGAGUCGCUCUGCAACUACUUGCUAUCGGCGUUGACAUCACCACCUUCGAUUUCAUGGACAAACCACCCAAAGAGGGUGUAGACGUGGCUGUGAGCUGUUUAGAAAAGCUGGGCGCAGUUAAAGGAUCUCCACCGCAGCUGACUACGCUCGGCCGAACGAUGUCACUAUUCCCGUUAGACCCUCGAUUUACCAAAGUGAUCCUCGCGUCGGUGGAACACAGGUGUCUGGAGGAAGCACUGACGGUUAUCGCUUUAUUAUCGGGCGAAUCGAUUUUCAUGGACCCACCCACGAAGAGAGAACAGGCUUACAAUGCACGCUCACGAUUUGCUUCGCCUGAGGGGGAUCACGUAACGUUAUUGAAUGUGUUCCGGGCAUACCAAAACGUUACGCAGAAGAAGGCGUGGUGCCACGAUAACUUCUUGCACCACCGAAAUCUGGAGUAUGGGUCGGAAGUGAGGCAACAGCUUGCGGCGUUGGCGGAACGUGCGAAUUUGGAGAAAGCGAGCUGCGGAACGAAUACGAAGCAACUCAGAAAAGCUUUCCUCGAGGGAUUAUACGAGAAUCUUGCCGAGCUGCAGAGGGACCAGACGUAUGUCACGGUAUACUCGAAACAGCCGGUAACCAUACACCCUUCCUCGACGUUGCACGGUACGAAGCCGCCGUUACUGCUAUUCACGGAGGUCGUAGCCACCGGAAGAUGUUACCUUCGCGGUCUGUCUGCCAUCGAUCCGGCGUGGUUGACGCAGAAGAACAUCGGCCCUGGGAAACGCGACUGACGCAAUUUUUAAUCCUACGACGUAUUUAUACAGAGCUUAUUUUUGUUGACGUGAGGUGGAACAAUUGAGGCCACUGAGUAACGGAGAAGACGCAAUGAUUUUUUUUUCGAAUAAUGAAAUCGAUAAGUAAUAGAGAAACGGUAUAAUUGUAAGAAAGAUUAAUGUGUCGUGUUCUUUACCCGUACACUUAUUCAGCGGUAUCAAUUGCGCCACUUGGCCCUCUUUCAUAUGGGUACAAUUUUGUUGUAGAUAUAUAAUCAAGAGGAGCCAUUUUUUCUACUACUUGUACACUUUAAGCUGUUAUUAAAUUUAUUUAAUAUAAAUUUUAA